CUCAGAGAUCAGGUGGGGGUGGAGCAUGUAGAAGACACAGGGUAAAGUGGAGUGAACGCAACACUCAGGGGAGGGCUCUAGGGUGCAAGGCACAGACACACGGACAUUUGCUGGCCAAACACACGCCAUCUGAGGCUCUGUCUGCACCUGGUCUGAGUUUCCACCACUGCUGCCCAGGGCACCAUGGACCAAGGCAACACGAUUCUCCCGCCAACCACUGGGGCAAAUUCCAGCCAGAACCCAGCAGCUGUGAGCGCCGCUCACCUGGCUGUGGCCAUGUUGCUCUGCCCCACCUUCCUGGUGGGUGUGGUGGGGAAUGGGCUGUACCUGUGGGUGCUGGGACUGAAGAUGAGGAGGACGGUGACCACAGUCUGGUUCCUCCACCUGGUCUCCUGCUACUUCCUCUUCACCUUGCUGAUCCCCUUCUUCACCGUCUACGUCCUCCUGGGUUUCCACUGGGUUUUCGGCACGGCCAUGUGCAAGCUCCUCAACACCUGGGUCUCUGAGGGCAUGUUCACCUCUGUCUUCCUUCUCGCCCUCAUCAGCCUGGACCGCUACAUCCUCACUCACCAUCCCAUCUGGUCUCGGCAUCACCGCACUGUGCCCCGAGCUCAGAAGCUGGCUGGGUGUGUGUGGCUGGCAUCCUUCGGUCUCAGUGCUCCCUACCUAGCUUUCCGGGAGACCCAGGUGGUGGAUGGGGGCAGAAUCAUCUGCAUCAACAAUUACGCCCUUUCCGGAGUCUGGAAUGGAGCCGAGCUGCAGGACCUGGGAAGACGGGUCCACCUGGCCGUCUUCGUGGUCCGGUUUCUGCUGGGCUUCCUGCUGCCCUUCUGCACCAUCACAGGAUGCUAUGUCUGCGUGGGCCUGAAGAUGAAGGAGAAGAAGCUGGUGUGGGCUAGGAAGCCCUUCAAAGUCAUGGUGGCUGCAGUGGUGUCCUUCUUUCUCAACUGGCUGCCCUAUCACCUCUACCAGAGCUUGAAUCUCUACAAGAAGGAGGUGCCAAAGUCGGUAACAGGUGCUUUCUUGGUCAUUUACACCUUCUCAUCCUGCUUCAAUGCCUGCUUCACCCCCAUCCUCUACCUCUUUGUGGGAGAGAAGUUCUGGCAGGUCUUCAGGACGUCUCUUCUCACUCUGGUCAAAGCAGCUUUUGUUGAUGAUCUCGGCAGCAGUGCCCAUGAGUAUAGUAGAAAACAUGGGUCUGAAGUUGAGAACACAAAACAGGAGAUGGUCUGAAGUUGUCCAGACUUAGGGAGAGUUGAAAACUUGCCAUCCCACUUGUUCCUAGAUCCCUGAUGGCUCUAAAACCUGAUGGUUUCCAGGUAUCUCAUUGUUUAUAUACCCUGCAGUGUCCCUGAAUUCUAGAUUCCCUGCUCUCUCCAGAAUCCCAUGUGUUCUAGGUCUCCCAAUUAUUUCAUAC